UUGCAGACCCAUGGUCGUUCGGUGAGCCCGCGUCGUUUACCGCUUUUCGAACGGGCCUCAGCACGAUGGUGGAAUCCACAGUUUGCAUCAACGGCGCUCGAAACGCAGUACUGGAAAUGCAGCUUUCCUCAGCUUCGAGAUAGGUUCAGAUCUGGUCUUCUAGCUGCGGCCACUUUAUUCUUAAUAUCACUGGGCAUGUUUCUCUUCACGUUAUUUUCCAUUCACUAUCAGCGAUUUUAUAUGCCAACAUCAUUUCUCUGUAUAUUUAUUCUCUGUACCAUAACACUACUUAUCUUCUCCGAUACAUCUGGCUCAUUCAUGAGCCCAGUCGGUAAUUUGGCUACCAGUUUUCAAGUAGUCCUUUUAAUCUACACGGUAAUACCGCUGCCACUUUACUUAUGCAUAUUAAUUGGCUUGGCCUAUUCGGCACUCUUCGAAAUGCUUGCAGCCAGCAGUAUGGAUUAUGCGGAUACGCCC